UGUGAGACGGAGCCUCCACAGCCUCUGCAAAAUAAAUCGUAUUUUAUCCAUGUGAUUUGGGGCUGAGCAAUUCUAAGAAGUGCGAGGAUAAUGAUGUAUACCUGAAAAUUUAAAUACAGACAAAACGGGAUCGACUUGAAGGUGGCAUUCGGUGGGGUCUGCACACCUAAAUACAAGUUUUUACUGAGCCGGGGGUGGAAGUUGACAGACCCAUUAAGCACGAACCCCAGCGAGAACCAGCUUUUGUCGUCUGGAGGAAAAUCAGCUCCGGAGACACGGAAUUCAGGUCCGAGGAUGUGCAUUGAUUAUUAAAAGAAAACAAAUGGAGCUAAAAUUCUGCCGCCUUCCAACCUGCCCGGAGAAACGCUGCCGAUGAAAAGCUUUUACUAAAGAGGUCCAAGUACCAGAAUGGUAAAAAGAUUCCUACAUGAUCUUAAGGCAUACAGGAACUGCAGAUUCUCUCAUCUGCAAUGUAGAUAGUGUCCUGCAAAAAAACAUUAUUUACUAUUUGUACUGGUAGAGUUCAGUCCAUUUUAAUUAAUUUGACUUAUAAGGAAUUUUAAUUCCCUAUACAAAAGCGUACAUUUUUUUUCCAUUCCAAACAAAAUGCUUACUAUGAACUUAGUUGAAAACAACCAAAAACCUGAUUUUUUGGCAUUACCACCAAACUGUGAGUACUAAUAGCUUUUCUGCAGGUAUUUUAGCCAUGGAAACGUACUCUGCCUCAAUAGCACCUGUUGUCUGUAACAGCACAACGUUUAACCUGAGCGGCUCACAUUUGUGUAACGAAAGCAUAUCUUCCCGGUUAGCUGAUAAAUCAGAACACCAACAGUACGUUAUCGGUCUUUUCUUAUCGUGCCUUUACACAAUAUUUCUUUUUCCCAUUGGUUUUGUAGGAAACAUUCUGAUACUGGUUGUCAACAUAAGCUUUCGUGAAAAAAUGACUAUCCCAGACCUUUACUUCAUAAACCUGGCAGUGGCCGAUCUCAUUUUAGUUGCCGAUUCUCUCAUUGAGGUCUUUAAUCUUGACGAGAAGUAUUACGAUAUCACUAUCAUUUGUACCUUCAUGUCUCUGUUCCUUCAGAUCAACAUGUAUAGCAGCAUUUUCUUUCUGACAUGGAUGAGUUUUGACAGAUACAUAGCGCUGGCCAAAGUAAUGAGGUCCAACCUAUUUCGCACUAUGCAACACGCUAGAUUGAGCUGUGGGCUCAUAUGGAUGGCAUCUAUCUCUGCAGCGCUAGUUCCAUUCACGGCCGUGCACUUACAGCACACCGGAGAGGUCUAUUUUUGCUUUGCAGAUGUAAAAGAAAUCCAGUGGCUAGAAAUAACCUUGGGCUUUAUUAUCCCCUUUGUCAUCAUCGGGCUUUGUUACUCAUUAAUUGUCCGAGUUCUUAUCAGAGCGCACAAGCACAGGAGCCUUCGGCUGCGGCGGCAGAAGGCUCUCCGGAUGAUUUUUGUCGUGGUCUUGGUUUUCUUUAUCUGCUGGUUACCUGAGAACGUCUUCAUUAGCGUCCAGCUCCUCCAAAAGAAGAGCGAGCCCGUCUCCUCCAGCAGCCCAUCCUUCAGGCACGAUUACCCUUUAACGGGACACAUUGUGAACCUCGCAGCUUUUUCUAACAGCUGCUUGAACCCCUUAAUUUACAGUUUUCUAGGGGAAACCUUCAGAGACAAGCUGCGACUGUACAUCGAACAGAAGACAAAAAUGUCGACCUUACAUCGCUUCUGUCAGGCUGCCUUAACGUCUGUCAUCCCUGACAGUAACGAGCAAUCAGAAGUCUGAUUUAGGAGCAGUUGGGUAAAACCCAAGACUGUGAAACUGAGCAAAUCGUGAACAAAAUGCUUGCUACUAACAGAAAAAAGUGCAUUUGUGUGUGUGCGUGUGUAUGUAUAUAUAUAUAUAUAUUGUAUCUCUCUGCUGAGUAUUGAAGGUUUAUAUUCAAAAUGUUUUUAUGACAAGACUUUAAUGUAGAAGAGUAUGUUUUAGUCGGAUUUAUAUUUAAUUAUGAACAGGAUUAUUAAAAGCUGAGCACUGAAGGAGCUUUAUUUUGUAUUACACAUGUAUGAACGACAGUAUGGAAGGAAAUUUUAUCAAGUUCGGAAGACUCUAGAUGUAACCUGAUUAUCAGAGAUGCUAUGUUGCUGAUGUAUAUAAGGUACUUCCACUGAAAUAAUGAAGCUGCCGUAGCAGUGAGGCAAAAAUCAUUACAAAGUAUUGAUGUGGAGAUGCAGAAAACAUUGAUUUUUUUUUUUUCAUCCAAAUAUGUUAAGAUAAAUGGCUUUACUUAGAAGAACCACAUGGUACUAUUGUCACUGUACUCUAGCAUGUCUUCCACGAUUAACUUUUUUAAAUCUUUAUAUAAUCUACCACGAUGGUGACUUCUUGUCUCGUAAAUGUAAUCUACUGUUUACAUCAGUACUUGAUCAAAUCUGUAACGAUAUUGCUCAUCUCAAAGAACUUCACAGAAGCAAAACAUAACGCUUCAUUCUGUCUUUUAAGGAUUGCCCAAGAUCAUCUUUCCCAGGACAGACACAAUUGGGCCUUUUGUCAGAAA